GGCCCCCACUUCGCGUCAAACGGUCGGACACGGUACGGAGGCGAGCACAAGCGAGCAAUUCUUUGACGUGCAUCAGCUAACUUCCAUCCAUUCUCUCCUGUAUUCUCCCGUAAAGCGUGCUCUUCGUUUUUUUUCCUUUCGUUAUAGUUAAGUCUUUCAAUCCCCACUCCAAGUUUCUUCCUCUCCGUGCCGGUUAUCCGACCAUUAACAACAGUAGCGACUCCAUCGACACCCCGAAGAACGUAACCCUCUUGCGAGUACGCGAGAGUACAUGCGAGCAUAAGCGAGUACACGCGAGAAAACUCCUCGAACGAUAUCACCAGCCAAGUAGCCGGUGAGACGGUCAGUUAAUAUCGACUACGGUUAACGAGACUUGGAUCAUAGUCGUUGGCGUGCCGUUGCUUUCAGUCGACGACGGAACAGCCACGCGGAGAACAUUUCUCUCUCCUUCUCUAUCUUUCUAUCUUUGAAACGGUGCUCGAGUGGACUGCGAGGCGCCAUGAAAAUCAUCGCUUUAAUCGCAUUCCUAAUGGCCAUCCUGAUGGGUGUCACGGCCCAGAAUUAUAGGCAACUCUAUGCUGGUUUCGGGCCUUACUUUCAACAGAGCGCAGGAUUGCGGGAUCCAAGAUCGAACAGAGGUCCAAUUCUUUUCCCACCUGGUCCAGAACCGAACCGCGCUGACACGAGCGGUGUGAUCGUAGGUGCGAGUGGAUACGGAUUCGUACCACCGAAUACAGGCUUCCUAGGUUAUUACUAUUAUUAAAUCAAGCUGAACGAGAUGGGAUAAUGACUAUAGGUGUUCUCCUAGAAGACAACAAAGAGGUAGUAUGGAACUAUCGUGUCGCGAUAUGCUCAUUUAACAAGCGAAUAUAUUAAGAAGUACGUAAAAUUAGAUUCUUGCCAUCGAGCAAUGAACAUGGAAAAACGAAGGAAGAGAGUAAAGAGAGAUCAAAGUAAUUAAUUAAAGUGCAAUUAAUUCGAAGUCUUAAUAUCAAUGUGUACCAAAGUUACAUGCGUCAAUAGCUGUGAAUGAAAGUGGUAAAUCAAAUAGAUCGAUAGAUUUGAAUAUAAAUUUGUAAAACAAUAAAAUAAUUUAUGCUACUUUGAUUCUCAUAGCUGUUGAUUCACGAGUUUGUAACCGCUCGUAAUUGUAAAUUAAUUUUUUAAUAUCUUGAAGUUCAUAUUAAUAUAUUUUUAUUUAUUUUUAUUAUAAUUAAUAGUAAUCGCGCUUCGAUGGUGCGAAAUAAUAGCACAGAUUAUAUCCGUCCAAACUGAUUGUGCUCGAAAUGUCAUUAUUAUUGUAGAUAGAAUAAAUAUUAAUAAUAUAUUUUA